AUGAAGCUCCUGCGUAUGCUUGACGAUGAUGACUGGAUCAUUGCAAACGAGAGCGGGCAGGCAAGAGUUUUGAAGAAGAAGAGAAGGUAUUAUGACAGGUCAGUUUUGGACAGAAGUACAGGAAGAAAACUGGAGGGUGUUGAGGUAACUGAUAAGGGUAACUACAACAGCAAGAUCGCCCAUCCAUUCCAGAAGAAUUUCAAGGUUUGGAUCGGAACUUUUGAUACUCCUGAAGAAGCCCAUCAUGCCUAUCUUGCCAUGAAACGUAGAUUCAACUACAUUAAUGCUGCCUCCUCCAAGAAUCCUGCCAACAAACCUGUGGAGGAGGCAGAGAAGCAAACACCACCUUCGCCCGAGCCAGUUCAUGAAUCACGUGAAACUAGCCCGCCUGAUUCGAUCGUGGUGGAUUCAACGUCGCCAACGUCUACAACCGUGCCGGAUCCAUAUGAUCAAUUGCCGGGUUUGGAAUUGAUUAGAGAAGUAUUGAGGAAAGAAGACUCGAUUAGCUUGACUCGCAAUCACAUUACACUUGAUGACUGGGAAUUAGGCUGUUUUGGUAUGCUCCAGGCGUAUUUUGUCACCAACGAGAAAGAAGCGGAUCUUCUAGUCGCCUUGAUUAACGAGGGCCGUGAACGCUUGCGUCGCAGAGGUCGUCGGCUAGAUUGGGAUAGCCCGAUAUAUAUAUUUCUAAAUAUGUCGAAGACCAAGGACGAGGGAGAAUUCAGACGUAUAUUGGCUGGACUUCCCAACCCAUUGCAUUUUCUACCGUGA